AUGUCCAUGAAAGCUAUCGUGAAAUCCGUCAUUUCUGGUGAUUCUCUUGUGCUUCGUGGUCGUCCCGGCCCUCAGGGACAGCCUCCAAAAGAGAGAAUUCUCCAUCUCGCCGAUGUAGGAGCUCCUCGUAUGGGCUCCUCUACUAGGGAGGAUGAGCCUUGGGCGUUCGAAUCUCGCGAGUUCCUACGAGCUUUCGCCGUAGGAAAGGAAAUCUCAUUCACGUCUACACAUUCUUUGCCGCCCAAUGAGGAUAUUCCACGCGACUUUGGCACAGCUGAGAUUGGCGGAGUCGACGUCGCAUCAGAACUACUCAGAAACGGAUGGGCCAAAGUUAAAGAAAUCAAACGCGAACCUAAUGACGAAGACGCGCGCAAACGCGAGCUUGAGAAUGAAGCCAAGUCAGCUGGCAAAGGUUUAUGGAAUCCGCAUGGUCCCAAGGCCCGCGUCGUCCAUCACACAAUGCCUACCGAUUCUCAGAGUUUUGUUUCGGAAUGGAAAGGAAAAUCAUUGGACGCCAUCGUGGAACAAGUUCGGGACGGUACUACUCUACGAACGCGUCUGCUCAUGCCCGAUGGAGAACAUCAGAUCGUCAACAUCGCCUUGGCGGGCGUUCGUAGUCCUCGUGUUGCAAGUAAACCAGAAGAAUCUUCGGAGCCAUGGGGAGAAGAAGCAAAGUUCUUCACUGAGUCUCGCCUUCUUCAACGUCCCGUACGUGUUCAAAUAUUGUCUCUACCGACGUCAACUGCAACACCAUUCCAAAUUGGUGCCAUUGGUAGUGCACCCGCAACAGCCAGCAUCUUUAUUGGCAAAGUUCUACAUCCGGCCGGAAAUGUCGCCGAAUUUCUAGUUGCAGCGGGGCUGGCACGCAUCGUCGACUGGCAUGCCGGCAUGUUGUCAAGUAGCGGCGGAAUGGAACGGCUACGGGCAGCUGAGAAAGUUGCAAAAGAAAUGCAUGCAUGUCUGUACGCCGGCGUAGCGCCUUCUACGUCGAAAACUAACGGCGGCGCUGCGGACGGGAAUAACCGAGUAUUUGAGGCCACCGUAAUCCGAGUCUGGAACGGGGACCAAAUAUCCGUCGUUGAAAAGGAUACUGGUAAAGAACGGAAGCUCCAAUUAAGUUCGACAAGAGGGCCAAAACUUGCAGAUCCCAAACAAGCCUCCUAUGCCCAGGAAGCCAAAGAGUUUUUGCGCAAAAAACUUAUUGGCAAACAUGUUCGCGUCACGAUCGAUUUUGUUCGCCCCCGCGAGGGGGAGUAUGACGAGCGUGAAUGUGCCACAAUUCGAUAUGGCAACCAAAACGUAAACGUAGCAGAACAAUUAGUAGAGAGGGGUUACGCCAGUGUCGUACGCCAUAAAAGAGACGACGAAGAUCGAUCAUCGGAUUACGACAAACUAAUGGCGGCUGAACAGACGGCAUCUACUGAGGCCCGAGGUAUCCAUUCCGGGAAAGACAUCCCUCCUCCCAAGCAGCCGCUGAAUAUAUCAGAGACCCAUUUGCGUGCCAAUCAAUUCCUCAACGGUUUCAAGAGAUUGGGUCGUAUACCUGCAGUCGUUGAUUAUGUCGCGGCGGGGUCACGCUUCAAGAUCUUCCUUCCCAAGGACAAUCAGACCCUGACUUUGGUCCUUGGUGGUAUUCGCGCACCCCGAACUGCACGGAAUGCGUCAGAAAAAAGUGAACCAUCCGGCGCCGAAGCCUUUGCAUUCGCGACACGGAGAUACAUGCAGCGCGACGUUGAAAUCGAGGUGGAUACCAUCGAUAAAUCCGGUGGUUUCAUUGGUUCCCUGUAUUUGAACAAAACGGAGAACGCCGCGAUCACACUCGUAAGAGAAGGGUUGGCUAAUGUCCAUUCAUUUUCUGCAGAGGCUUUACCAUGGGCACGGAAUUUAUAUGACGCUGAGGCUGAGGCAAAGGCUGUGAAACGUAAUCUAUGGAAGGAUUACGACGAAAAUGCACAGCAAGAAGCAGAGGCUGUUGCUGAGGACGACGGGUCGGGAGCUCUGAAGACCCAGUAUCAAGAUGUCAUUGUUAGCGACAUUCGGACAAAAAAUGGAUUUGGAUUCUCUGUACAAAUUCUCAGCUCCGAAGGUAUCGCGUCGUUGCGAGAACUCAUGCGAGACUUUUCUGCCUACCAUCAGACCGCCACCGUCGUACCGGCUGGUUUCGUCCCGAAAAGCGGCGACCUGGUCUCAGCCAAAUUCUCGGAUGGUUCAUGGUACCGCGCAAAAAUCCGCCGAGCCUCGCCAAUAAAAAAGGAAGCAGAGGUGACCUUCAUUGACUACGGAAAUCAGGAUACCGUAUCCUUUACCAACAUUAGACCCCUCGAUGCUCGGUUCCGAAACUUGCCAGGUCAAGCGCACGAGGCGCGACUCAGUUUUGUGAAACUUGUCGACCCCAAUAGUGACUAUCACACAGAGGCAAUCGAGCGUUUCCGUGGCCUAUGUGAGGGUCGCAAGUUGAUUGCCAACAUCGAUCAGCAAGAAGGCGCGCUCCUUCAUCUCCGACUCAUAGAUCCCUUGGAUCCUGCUUCUGCCCAAGACUCCUUAUCAUGCAUCAAUGCGGAUCUCCUGCGUGAUGGACUAGCGAUUAUAGAUCGCAAAUGCCGAUACUUGCAUUCAUAUCCACAGCUCCUCAAAAACUUUCAGUCAUCUGUUCAGGAAGCCAAGCGCGAGCGCCUUGGUAUGUUCGAAUUCGGGGACGUCGAAGAAGACGAUGAGUAA